AUGGAGAAGGACAACGUUAGACAUUAUAGAGCUUACGAGGGCUUCAAGCCGGCGAAUAACGGCAAUACCUCAUCUCUAAAGAGAUCGACGUCGGAUCGUUCGAAGACGCACCCAUCUCGCCAAGUGAGAUGUUUGUGCUUCGGCGGUGUACCUGACAAAGCCAGCCAGCAUUCUUUCUUGAAGGGGUUUAUCAUAAACAUCGGAAUAUGCUCCCUUCUUGUGGCUUAUACCCUAUUGGGCAGUUUCAUCUUUCUGGCUAUCGAGAGUGGGACCAUUGAUGGUGUUGGCCUGCAACAGAGGACUCUGGCCACGACGAUAGCUGGAAAUCAGCAUACUAGAAGGAACACCAGCGCUUGGAUAAAACAGAUGAAUCACGAGGCCCGGACGAAGACCGUGGAGAACAUAUGGAUAAUCACGGAGCAUUUGAACGUUCUCUACCGUGAGAACUGGACGAAAUUGGCCGACCAGGAGAUUGCACGAUUUCAAGAGCAACUAGUGAAAAGGAUCACGGAGGACAUGAUGGCGACCCAGAAUGCCGGGACAUACACCGGGAGUUCUACCAGCGAAACUGUAACGGAACGCCGUGUGCCGGAAUACGAAUGGAACUUUGCAAAGGCGUUUCUCUAUUCUCUGACAGUGCUCACCACAAUCGGUUGCGGAAGUAUUGCGCCGAAAUCUACUUGGGGCAAAGUUGCUACAAUGGGUUACGCCAGUCUUGGGAUACCCUUAACCUUGGUCUACCUGUCUAGUGCGGGAGGUCUCUUGUCGAGAUGCGCCAGGGGCGUUUUUACACGAGCUCUUUGUUGCUGCCUCUGCUCGAAUUGCGGCUAUUGUUGUUAUGAUGAGAGGCGGAUGCAGGAGAAAGAGCGACGGAUGAGAAAAAAGCGACAGCAGGAGGAGCUGGCACAGCAGCAGCAGCAACAGUUACAGCUGCAGGAGCCCUUUUACGUUCGCGCGAAUGCAUCGACGUUCACUAGCACCGUGGAAAUUAAAGCCAGCCCGAAAGACGAAGUUUCGAGUCUUGGUUCCGGUGACAGACCAAAUGUUACCAUACUCGCACCAAUCAGUAUCUGCCUUGGCGCGAUGUUGUGCUACAUCAUUGCCGGAGCAUUCACUCUGCAUAAAUUGGAUGGUUGGUCAUUCAUAGAUGCAAGCUAUUUCUGCUUCAUGAGCCUGAGCACUAUCGGCUUCGGCGACAUGGUGCCCGGUUCUUAUCCUCGCCACACCCUCGCCGACUCGAGAAACGUGACAGUCUGGUUUUGCUCCUGCUAUAUAAUGUCAGGAAUGGCCCUGACGGCGAUGUGCUUCAACAUCCUCCACGACGAAAUUGUCCAUCGGCUGAGUCACCAAACAGACAAGCCGGAGCCGGUGAAGCCAAGCUCGUCUGUAGAUGAGCUGUCGACGGAUCCGUUCGCUCUGACUUCGUGACAAUUUCCGUCGGGCAAUCUGUGCCACAGGAACGGCACCGACGAGAACAAUAUAUGUGGCACGGAACCACCUACCAAUAUA